UCUCAUUCUUUUUCUUUUUCUCUCUCCCAUUCCUAAACCAAGUACAUGGAUAGCUGUCUCAUUGUUAAUGACUUAAAAUGAUGCUUUUGAACAAGAAGAUGCUGGGUGCUUUUGGUGACUAGUACCAUCCCCACCCUUUUCUUUUCCGUUCCUAAGCUAUUGUUUACCAGCACAUUCUUUUAUUCCUGUUGCUACUAAAGCAGUGUGUUUCUUGAGGGGAAAGCAUAAUUGCUUUGUUUUCUAGGUCCUUAAGCCCUUUGCUAAUAUUACUGUCUGUGAGUUCCUGAAGCCGGGUUCUAGGAGAGUUCAGCGUCUGAACAGCUGACCCAUGAAAUAAUGGAGCUUUGCCAAGCCAGUUUGCCCAGGUUGUCUCAUCUAAUACCCGCCAAAUCCUCAAGAGGCUGGAGCUGCCGGCCACUUUUAGGUGCUGCACUAUCCUGAGGCCUGGGCCAUGCCUGGGCGUGAGGAAAGCUCUGGAAGCUCAUCUGCAGGAAGAAGCAUGCAGGGCACCCCCAGACAAGGCCUGGGCCCCAGGCUACCCCAUAUGGGCAAGUGGACACUCCUGUUCUGUGGCUGUAUCCUGGCAGCAGCUUGGGGCCAAAUGAAUUUCACAGGAGACCAGGUUCUUCGCAUCCUGGCCAAGGAUGAGAAGCAGCUGUCAUUCCUCAGGGAUCUGGAGAUUUUGAAGCCCCAGAAGGUGGACUUCUGGCGGGGCCCAGCCAGACCCAGCCUUCCUGUGGACAUGAGAAUUCCUUUUGCUGAAUUGGAUGACAUCAAAGGUUACCUGGAGUCUCAUGGCCUUGCUUAUACCGUUAUGAUUAAGAACGUCCAGGUGCUGCUGGAUGCGGAAAGAGAAGCCAUGGCGAAGGCUCGCCGGCUGGAGCGCAGCGCCAGUAGCUUCAGCUACUCCUCUUACCACACCUUGGAGGAGAUCUACAGCUGGAUUGACAACUUUGUAACUGAGCAUUCAGACAUUGUCUCCAAAAUUCACAUUGGAAACAGCUUUGAAAACCGCUCCAUUCUUAUUCUGAAGUUCAGCACUGGAGGCUCGAAUCGUCCAGCCAUCUGGAUCGACACUGGGAUUCACUCCCGGGAGUGGAUCACUCAUGCCACUGGCAUCUGGACUGCCAGGAAGAUUGUCAGCGCGUAUGGCAAAGACAGCAUCCUGACAGACAUAUUGAAUACCAUGGACAUCUUCAUAGAUCUUGUCACCAACCCUGAUGGGUUCGCUUUUACUCAUAGCAUGAACCGCUUGUGGCGGAAGAACAAGUCCAGCAGACCAGGAACCUCCUGCACUGGCGUGGAUCUCAACCGGAACUGGAAAUCAGGCUUUGGAGGAAAUGGUUCUAACAGCAACCCCUGUUCAGAGACUUACCAUGGGCCUUCACCUCAGUCAGAGCCAGAGGUGGCUGCCAUUGUGGACUUUAUCACAGGCCAUGGGAACUUCAAAGCUCUGAUCUCCAUCCACAGCUACUCUCAGAUGCUCAUGUAUCCAUAUGGCCACUCUAUGGAACCUGUUUCAAGCCAAAAGGAACUGUACAGGCUUGCCAAGAAAGCAGUGAAGGCUCUGUACAAGGUGCAUGGGAUCAACUACAUUUUUGGCAGCAUCAGCAAUACCCUCUAUGUGGCCAGUGGAGUCACCGUGGACUGGGCCUAUGACAGUGGCAUCAAGUAUGCCUUUACCUUCGAGCUCCGGGACACAGGGCGCUAUGGCUUCCUGCUGCCAGCUACACAGAUCAUCCCCACAGCCCAGGAGACAUGGAUGGCGAUACGGACCAUAAUGCAACAUACCCUGAAUCACCCCUACUAGUAACACUACUGAAUGCAGAGCAGGCAAACCCUCCUCCUCCACAAGGCCCAGGCCUCCCCCUAAAACUCAGGUUAUAUAUCCCUUCCCCAUACCCAUUCCCAGACCGUGGAGAAAUAAAUGCAAGCUUGAACAGGC